AUGAGUGUUGACAUCCAGUCUAAGCACACAAGAUCUAGUUCAGCCCAUCCAAGCCUUGAAAUUUGCUCGGUCGCACCGCAAAUAUGCACUUCACAAAGGCAAGAGUCACCAUGUUCAGAAAACAUCAAGUCUAACAAUCAGCAGCUCUUCGCCGUCGCGGCAGUCUUCAUCACCAGCUCCCUCUCCGCCCCGCUUGACGUCGAAGCCCGCGCCUGUGCCGCAACCUGUGGAACCGUAUGCUACACCAGCAGCGCAGUCAGUGCUGCCAAGGCCGCGGGCUACAAGCUUUACUCGGCCGGCAGCACCGCGUCCAGCUACCCACACGUUUACCAUGACUACGAAGGCUUUGUGUUCCCCGUUUCCGGAACAUACUACGAAUUCCCGAUUCUCAAGAGUGGGAGUGUUUACAGCGGCGGGUCGCCUGGUGCCGAUCGCGUCAUUUUCAACACAAACAACCAGCUGGCUGGGGUUAUCACACAUACCGGGGCGAGUGGAAACAACUUUGUGGAAUGUUCUUAG